AUGGCGAACGGAUCAGUGGACAGUCCGGGUCUGGACUCCCAGAUCCAACGCUGCCGUGCUGGCGCGGAGUGUCCAUACAUCCAUGACGCCUCCGCUACUGAGCAAAAAGUGAAACAGCCUAAUCAGCAGUCGGCGCCACAGCCAUCGUCUGACAGUGCUCAACAUCUAGGCCCUCGUCUAGCGGCUGGUGUGCAAAAUCUGAGUAUCAGCGGACCGGCGCCUUCGAAUGGCGCUCAGCCUCAACGGCCCGUCUCAAAGAUAGAGCAAAAAGACCCGAGAGAGUUCCAGAUCAAUCAGUUGAGACGCCGCUUCCGUCCGGAGGAGAUGGCAGAUGAGAAGGGAGUGACUCUGUCAUUCGGAUUGGCGCCAUCUGACCCAGACUUUCCGUUCGAAUUGGACAAAUUGCAAUGCGUCCUUCAUGUGCCUGCCUCGUACCCGGGUACAGGACGGCCCACGCUUUCUGUUACGAAUCCCGAGAUGGAAGCGGCGUAUCGGGUGAAUGUCAGUCGCGGUUUCGAUGAUAUUGUUGAUUAUACGAUUAGGACGAAGGGUCAAGGGACCCUGCUUGGCUGGAUGAACAGUCUGGAUAAGCAGCUUGAACGCCUGCUGAUUACUCUCGAAAGAGGGCCAAAACUGAAAUUCGUUGCGAAUGUUGGUGAAGCGCCUGCUCCAAGGGAGCAGAAGCCUCAAUUGACCCUCGCGAGUCAGCGUGAACUGCCCCGGUCUACGGAAAAUGCUGCUGUGAAAGUGACGCCAGUUCCAGCCCCGGUGUCAAAAGCACCAGUGGCGAGGAAAACCUAUAGCGCCGCAGAAAAGAGUCAAGCGGAGAAGCGAAGGUCAAUGGAGACAAAGCAGCUAGAAGCUCGCCUUGGACGACUGCCCAUGUUCCAGAAACGCACGGAUACAUCUUGGAUCGUCCCGAUUCAACCCAAUAAGAUGGACCAUCUGCCCAGAUCGCUCCAGACGAUCAAGACUGUGAAGCUGCUGGUCCCUCAUCUUUACCCAUUGGAGCUAAGUUCAGUUGAGAUCCUAGCAAAUGACAGCCCCGAGGCAAGAUCUGUGGAAACUGGAUUCACUGAAUGGGUUGGAAAGCACUCUCAAAUGAAUUUGGUCUCGCAAAUCAAUUACUUGGCUAGUAAUAUUCACGUCUUCGCCAAGACGCCUUUGCCUGAAGUAGCUGAAUACUCCCAACACGAACAUCAGCACGUUCAAUCUGAUGUGGAAUCAUCUGCGCUGGAGCCGUCAGAUGGUGUACUUCUUGAAAAAGAUGGAGACAGGCCCCAUUUGCAUGUCAUCCCUCGACCGCCAGAGUGGUCUGUCCAGGAUUCAAAUAGUGACAGUGAAGUCACAGAUGAAUCGAGUUACGACGAUGAGUACUCAGAGGAGGAAGAAGGCGAGGACACGAGUGAAGGCGGUGCUCCCGUUCCUGCAGCUGCAGAUGACGCGCCGGGUCGAGGUGUCGCGCUUUCAUUCCCAUUCAUGGAGCUUUAUGGAAUCGAGCUGCUGGAACUUGUUCAUCUAGCUAUCACAGUCAAGUGUGAGCGGUGUAAGCAGACUGUGGAUAUCAAGAAUGUUCCCCAGAUUCAGGAUCCGAAAGCGUCGCCUAAGAUCGAAUCGUGCCGGAAGUGUGCUAAUUCGAUGAGCAUUGGCUUCCGGAGACAGAUGAUGCAUUCACAUGCUAACCGAGCUGGAUAUCUGGACUUGGAGGGUUGUACCAUUGUGGAUCUUAUUCCUAGUAAUUUCCUUCCAACAUGUUCCGAGUGUUCGACCGUCCAUCCCAUGCCUGGAGUAUCUGCCGUUCGCGGAGAAAGCGCCAUGGCGAUUUGCCGUCACUGCCACCGCAAGAUGGUCUUCAAACUACCCGAAGUGAAGUUUUUGGUCGUGAGCACCACAGGUAUCACCUCCCGUGCUCUUCCUUUGAAGAAGAAGACCAAAGAAGUCCUCGGCAUCGUUGCAGGCCAAGAGCUACCCCGUCGUGGUCGCUGCCAGCAUUAUUCAAAGAGUCACCGUUGGUUCAGGUUCAGCUGUUGUGCGAAGGUCUUCCCGUGUGAUAAAUGUCAUGAUGCUGAAACCGACCAUCCGAACGAGCACGCUAAUCGCAUGAUCUGUGGUUUCUGUUCUCGCGAGCAAAUCUACAGACCAGAGAACUGCGGUAUCUGCAAGGCGGUUCUCGUAGGCAAGGCUGGUAGCGGAUUCUGGGAAGGUGGAAAGGGAACUCGUAAUCGAGCUCUUAUGAGCCGCAAAGAUCCUCGGAAGUACAAGCGAAGGGGAGGAAAUCCUCCUGGCGGAUCAAGCUCGAAGAAGAAGUAG